CUGCUUGCUACUGUGUUAUCGUGUGUCAAGGUUGUCCUACGUUGUUUGGAAUUGGGAUAUUUCCAUCUGUUAAUUUUUGUUCAGCAAAGCACAUUCCAGAAUUGUAAGACGGUUAAUUUUGGUUUUCCAAGUAUGGUUUAUGCAAUUCUCUCCCAGAAUAGAGUCUCUUAUGCUUUUUCUAAUGGUGGUUUUACCAAUCAAUCAAAUAUUUGGAAAACAAAGGUAAACAGAAUAACAAGUUAAUUUCAAGUAAAAAGCAAUUAAAAACAAAAACUCGAAAUUAUAUUUAACUCCUCAUCCUCCUCCAAUCCCUUCUAUUUUACCAAUGACUAAAAUCUGUUUAUUUAACAAAUACAAACUUCAAAUUAAACAAGCUCUAGAUGGAAAUUUCAUUGUACUUUAUCAACCUGCUCCAAAUUCAUUUAUUAUCAUACAAAAAAAUGAAGGAAUUACACAUAAUAAAAGUGAUCAUAAUAUUCAUCAAGAAAGUGAUCAUCAUGAUAACUUAAAUUCUUCUAGUAUAAAUAUAAAUGAUUGUCAAUCAAAAUCUCAUUCACGUCGUCAACGACGACAACGAUUUCGUGUAGUUAUUGGACCACAAUUAUGUAAUUGUCAAAAUGGAAUUAUGCAUGAAACAGGAAUGACUAUUAAGUUAAUUGAACCAUGUGUUCAUUUAUUGUUUGUUAUGUUGCAUGUUCUUAAAAUACCGAUUGAUGAUCCACAUUUAACGGCAAUACCUUUACCUAGUUCAAAAGCUGAAUUUUGGAUUGAAAAGUAUCGCAAUCAUCGUCAUUCAUUAGUCCAGUCCUACACUAAAAAUAGAAGAAACUCAAAUACAUUGAAAAAUGAAGGAAAUCAACCGGAAACACUUAAGUUGCCAGAAAAACUAAUCAACUCUGAAAUAUCAAACACACGUCUAAUCAUUCCUCAGCCCAUUCGUCAUGAAAAGACAAAUAACUUUCUUCAUUUACGUGCUAUUAUGAAUCCAAGUGCCCAUGAUUCUAGUGAAUUGUCAUCGAUCACACAAGACAUUGUUCCUGUAUCUAGAAGAGAGACUGAAAGUGCAGGAACAUGUGACCCAAGUACUUCAUAUACAGCAGCAACCUCAAGGACAAGUUCCAUCGAUAGUAUAGAAAGCUGUAAAUUAGACUCAUCCUGUCGAUCAAAUGACCAACAUUGCCGUCCCCGCCAUCAAACUACAUUUUCGUGCUCCUCUAGCUCGGAAACGGGUUUGUCCUGUCGACGGCCUCAAACUGCGCCUCAGCCUGAACUUCCACCCAGACUAGGUCGAACAAGAGCCAAGUUUGUCAGGCAUUCUGCUUCAUCAACAACAUUUCGUCCAGUAAGAGAUUGUAGUCCUUUAAUUCUUCGUGAAGGAUGCUUAACACCAAUUGAAUCGGAAGAGAAUAGUACCAAUAAUAGCCUGAAAUAUCGGACUCCUAUGAAAUCAACAAAUAAAAAUACUACUGCUAUCACCACUACAGUUUAUACAGAUAAUUAUGAUAAAUUACAGGGACCACUAAUUAAUACAAUACCUGCGAUUACAAAUAAACUCAGUCACUCAACAACUACCGCAGAUUUACUUCAUGGUCCUACACCCAGAUCAAAUUUCACUCAUGCAAGACGAUCAUCAUUUAAACCAACUACCUCAAUGAAACAAAAAUUUUUGUUUCAUAAUACUCCAGUUAAUCUGCCAUUGAUCACUAAUAAUCAAACAUCAACAACUGUAAAUCACGUUAAUACUUUUAAUAGCACACCAACUAGUAAGCAACAUAUCUGUCCUCCUUCUGCACAACAACAAACAUCAGUUCAUGUAACUGGAACUGCAAUUACAUCUACAAAUAAUACUACUAUGUUAGAUGAAUCUGCUAAAAUAUGUACCUUAUGUUUACAUAAUUGUCAUGUCGAGACUACUAUUAACAGUAGUAAUCAUAAUGGAAAUAAUCUGAUUGUAGAUAAUGGUGAAGGUGGUGGCAAUAUAAAUCUAAUUGAUCCAAUAUUAGUUUGUCAAUCUGUGGUUCCAGAUUACGAUGAUGACAGUAAUGAUAAUGAUGUUAAUAACGAAAAGAGAGCUACAUUUAUUUGUGGAGCUAUAUUUCAUACAAGCUGUUGUAAAAUCUGGUUAGAAGAAAUUCAGAGUGAUGGUGAUUCACCACAAUGUCCAGUGUGUGGCUGUGUAUGGAUUCAUAUCCCUAGUUUUGAUAGUCAUGUAAAAUGUGACAAACCUGAUGAUUCCGAUAAAAAUUCAGAUCAUACAAAAUGUAUGUGUUAUUUAUCCUCAUCAGAACAAAUUAUUAAUCAGCAAACAGAUAAUAACAAUGGUCAACAAAUGAAAAGUAAUCAACAUGAUGAUCAACAUCAGUCCUAUCACAGAUAUCAUAAUCAAAAUAAUGAACAACAACAAAUGAAUGAAACACUCCGCUUUACAUAUCAACCAGUAAAUUUAAACGCUGACUUAAAUUUAACGGGAAAUAUGACCGUCGUAAACACUUUGUUGCCAGAUCCACCUUUUUCUGAAUAUAACAGUUGUGUUUCUGCUUUCUCAUUGGAAAUUGCUAAUGGACUAAUUGCAUGUGAUUGGACCGUUAGACAAUAUGCAUUACAAAAAGCAACUCACUUAACAAUAAGUCAAGUAAUUCUAGCUAGACAGUGUAAUUUACAUUCAAGUCAUAAUAAUCUUGUUUGUUCAUUGAAUCACCAUGACGGAAAUUGUGCUACACCAGCGAAAUGCCAAUUAUAUACAGGACCGGAUUGUGUGAAAAUAAUGUUUAAGUUAAUUCAGUUUCUUCUUGAUGAUCCUGUCGAUGCAAUAUUCACUGAUGCUUUGCGAGCUUUUCGUGAGUUACUUGGAUAUUUGGUUGUUUAUAAUAAAGAAACUCAAACGGUACUGCAAAAAGCAAUUGGUCCAAUUCUACGUCGUCUAUUACGCUUCGUAGGUGGACAAAGUAACUUAUGGAAUCUACGUAAUCUGGAAUCAUUUUUACCGUUAGCAACUCGUCAACAAAAUGAUGACGUAAAUAAAACAAUUACAAAUUGUAAUCUGACGAACAACAAUUCAUCUUAUUUAGAUGUGAAAAAAUCUGCCAGUUGUCAAUUAAAUGUUAAGAUUGAUGAAAAUAAUCUCACAAAACCUACGAAUGAAUUAAGUAUUGCAUUACCGAAAAUACCAGCCGAUGCCAACUUUCGUGAUCGCUGCAAUCUUGCGUUAGCUACACUUAUAGAACUAGCCAAAGGACAAACAGGUGCUUUAGCCAUCGGUCGAGAAGUUCACUCUGCUUCUCAAUGUUUACCUGUUAGUGGUAUACAACACAUGGUACGUUUUGUUUUGAGUUCUGCAAAGUUUCAUGCCACUCAUUUAAUCGGUCGUCUAACAGUUGUUGAUAAACUAAUUCGAAUGCAUCAAUCAAGAAGAAUAUUACUAAUGCAACAACAAUCACAACGUCAUGAAUCCUUAUUAUUGUCAUCUGAUUUAAGUAUCAAGACUAAUCCUGAUAAUAAUAGUAAUAAUAAUAGCAAUGAUAGUAGUAAUAAUAAUAAUAACAGCACUGACAUGUCAUCACCAAUUGGUAAGUCAUCAUCAGUUGUUAAAGAUGAAACAAAUUCAUCAUCAUCAUCACUAACAACAACAUUGUCAUUAACAGACCAAUCAUUAGCUAGACGACAUUUAUGCUCUACUAUAAUAUUUGCUCGACGUCAUUUAUUACCGAUUUAUCCGAAACCGGAUAAUAUGACUAUGUGUUUUCCAUAUCAUUAUCAAUUACAAUCAACUGAUGCACAUUGUGGUGAUUUUUUAUCAAGAUUACCACCACCACCACCAUCAUCAUCAAUAUCAUCAGCAAUGAGAACGAUUAAAGCUACAGCAACAGAUCAACAUCAACACCAGAAUGAAUUAAAUAAUGUGGAUUAUUAUCAUUACACACAAUAUAAAGCUAACCGAAUUGCUAGACGAGUCUUUCUCACUGCUGCCAGAGCAUUGCUUACUUGGCAAAGUGAAGAAAUUUUUGAUCGUUAUGAUCCGAUUCCACCGUCUACGUUUAAUGCGAAUUCAUUUAUUGAAUCAGAAAUUAAUCGAUUGGAUGCACCACUGGCUACAUGGUUUCGAAAUCGAUUAUGUUUGCUACUUUACUCAUCACAUGAAACAUCUAAUGUACAUAGAAUAACUAAGAAUAAUAGUUGGAACAUUUCGUUAUCGAAUCAAUUACCAACAGUUAUUAAACAAUCAUAUGCUACACCAUCUAAUACUGAGGCCCUAGCUUUAUCAUCCACAUCAUCAUACAUAACAUGUCCAACUUAUAACAAAAACAUCAGUAAAAUAGAAAAAUUUAAUCGAAUGGACGAAGUUAAUUCUUCUAAAGAUAUAUCAAGUCAACAACAGCGAUAUGAACAACAAGGUGCUUAUAAUUCACUACAUCCACUAGAUGAAGAGUUAUCUUUUAGGAACACUUCUUUCUCUUCUAUAAAAAUACCACCGAUCCCACCACCAAGAAGAUUAACUAUCAGUAAUUCUGAAUUAUUAAUUGAUUAUAAAAAAGAUUCUACUAGAUCUGAGAAAGAUAACAGUAUUAAUGGUCUUGCUGCAACUGUUAAUAACGGUGAUGAUGAUGAUGAUGACGAAAGUGAAAAUACUAAAAAGAUUAAAGCUCAGAUUUUAAAAUCAUCAUUUGCUCGAAUUGCACUGGAACCAGCGUAUGAUCUGGUUGCUUUGUCUGAAUCUGGUAACUAUAGUAGUGUAAGUGAAUUUGAAGAUGAUGACGACGAGGAUGAUGAUGAAAAUGAAGGGGAAGACCAACAACAGCAACAACAAAAUAAUUUAAACGAACCAAUUUAUACAGGUCGAUCACUUGGUUCCGAAGCUGAUUUACAAUGUGAACAAGUUACUGUCUUAAGAAAUGCCUUAACACGUUCUACACAUCAAUUAAAACCUUUGUUGCCAAUACCUGGUCUGUCAUUUGUCAUGAGUUCAUUUCAACAAACUAAAAAGUUACCUAAUUCAGAUGAAUAUUAUGAAUCAGUCGAUUGGAUACGUGGUCCUAUUCUAGGUCAUGGUGCAUUUUCACAGUGUUAUCAAGCACGUGAUGUUAGAACUGGCCUACUAUUAGCUGUAAAACGCAUACGUCUUGGGCGAAACGGCAUGUUUUCACUUUUCUCUUCAGAGAAGAAUAAAGCAUAUCCAUCACAAAUACGUCAGCAAAAUGACCAUAAGGACGAAGCUAAUUGUAACAAUAAUGAUAAUGACAAUAAUAAUAAUAAUAAUAAUAAUAAUAAUAAUAAUAAUAAUAAUAAUAAUGGUCAACAAAAUCCAAUUUACCAUCGUCCAUUAUCACCGACAUCUUUAAAUCAAUUAGCUGAAGUUGAAACCGAAGUACGUAUUAUGCUCCAGUUAGAUCAUCCUAAUAUUCUACGUUUAUUUGGUGCUGUGCAUUGCGUGAAGCGUGGGUUCGUUGAUUUAUUUAUUGAAUGGAUGCCAGGGGGUAGUAUAACAAGUUUAUUACAACAAUAUGGAGCUUUUAAUGAAUCAAUUACGUUAAAUUAUGGUAUACAAUUAAUACGUGGUUUAGCCUAUUUACACAAACAUGGUAUAUUACAUCGUGAUUUAAAAGGUGCUAAUCUUUUAAUCGAUAGUACUGGAACUGUUAUCAAAAUAUCAGAUUUUGGAGCCUCAGCUCGUUUAAGUGGUGAACAAAGUGUUGCUGGUCAAUUUCAAGGACAAGUUAUAGGUACAUUUUCAUUUAUGGCACCAGAAUUUUAGGUCUUUCCAUAAUGUUUACGCUACAAUUCCGCAUCGGUUCAUUCGACACUUUCGGGUCUCGUAGUGAGCACGAUACUACUAAGCUGGAAUCCAAUGGUCUAUGCAUUUCCAAACAUUUUCUAUUCACGAUUUAACACUAACCACUAUCCAUUAUUCACACUACUCCUACUAUUUCACCCGCUAUUUAUACUGUUUGUGCUUGUCAGUGUGGGAAGUGUGGAGAUUGCUGAGUUUUAUUAUGAUCAAAAACCAAUCCAAGCCAGAUAACUAUAGAAGACCUGGAAGUAUUGGACAGUAGUUUCAUCGAUGAUCAACUCAAUAAACCACAUUUGAUUAUAUGCUUUAGGUUUUCAUGUAGGUAGUUUAUAGUCUUCAGUUUAUCUUUAUUGGACUCUAUUAAUUCCAAUGUGAUAAAUAAUAUUUUUCUUUCUUAUUAAUAUUACUAAGUCUUAGAUAUUGUCAAACAAUCCAAUCACUAUUGCGAUUUGUAUUUUCAUUUUUUAAAAAUAUUAUUAGGUACUUCGAGGUGAAACAUAUGGUAGAGCUUGUGAUAUUUGGUCUGUUGGUUGUUGUCUAGUAGAAAUGCUUACAAGUAAACCACCAUGGCAUGAUGCUAGAUUAACAAACCGUUUUGCUCUUAUGUUCACUGUAAGUGUAUAUCAGUGUAUGUAUGUAUUCUGUUUAUUCAAUAAUAGUAUUACAAUGGGGGGUGUUGAGAUUGUAAAACAUUCUGUAACUUAAAUCACAAACUGAUCUUAGUUAAGCAAAGAUGGAUAGUGGCUAGCAUCUUUGCUUAAUAAGCUUUUGACUUAAGGCUAUAUCGAGGCAAUCUGCACAGGAUGCACAUAUGCCAACAAGGGACUGAUCAGUUGCAGUCCUAAAUAACAAUGGGAAGGUACAAGUAAAACAAUACUAAGUGAAUUUGAUCUUAGUUCAUCAUUGGAGACUUGGUAGCUUUGGAUGUCCGUUUCAUCCUAGUAUGGGACUCUUCAUCAAUUUGCAUCCAUGACUCCGCAUCUGAUAAUCUAACCCAGGACUUUCAGUUUCACAAGCGAACUAUCAACCUCUAGACCAAACUGGUCAAUUCACGAUAUUCCUUAUGACCAUUCAGUGCCUGCGGUGGAUAAUAAUAAUAAUAAUAAUAAUAAUAAUAAUAGCUUUAUUAUGAUAUUUACGCUCCUUUGAAUUCAAUAAGCCAAAUGAAAUUAGCCAACACUUACAAUUCAUCUUUAAACUAGUUAAAAAUUUAAAUCAUAUAUUGUUGUUUUUAAAAAAAUAAUUAGCGGAAAUAUUAUCCUGAAAGAUUAGUACAUGUGUAAGUGUGUCAGUUUAUUUGUUUCGUGGUGUAUAUAUGGGUGUGUAUGGUAUGUGUUUAGAUAAAACUAACACUAACACAUUAAGUAGUUUGCUUUGAUGUGCUAUUUACUUUUCAUUUUUUAUUUUGAAGAUGGUGUUUCACAACUGACUGAAUCAAAAAUUCACAAUAAGUUUGUUGCAUUGUUUCUUUCCAAUCUAUGAAAUUUUCGAAACACUUAAAUGAGUUAUCCAGUUGUUGAUAUAAGUGACUGUAUUUCGAUCAGUCUUUGGUGGCAUAUGAACACUGUGCUGACUGAGUCAAUAUAGCCAUUAAUUCACAGGCUAUCUAGAAUAGGUGAAACGUAACUAAUAGUGUGGACAUCAAUACUAAUAUGCAAGUGCAUCAAGUUGAUGAGUCCUAAAUAAAGUGAAACACGAGUCCUAGAUUCCACUGUUAGUCUCACUUAUUCUGUUCUGUUUUCUUUGUGAUUUCGUAACAACAUUUGACUGAACAAUAAUAUUCCAAGUUUUUACUGACUUAUAGACAUUUGAUCAGCAAUAGUCAAUAACCUUCUACAGGACAUUAUAGUCGCUACCUGAAUUGCUACUUAAUAACAUUUGUUGAUCUAUAAGCUAGACACUGAGUUUUAUCAAUAACUUUGCCUAGACAAACGUCCCAAAAUUAUUUAUGAAUAUAUUCUGAUUGUUUUCAUUUACUACUUUUUGUUCUACACCAUAUUCCUUCUAAUUUUGCUGGUAAACAAACACGCUAAUAAAUCCACAGAUCAUAUCUGUAGUACAUGAGUUCUUUCCAAUAAGAAGUGAUUGGUUUAUAGGAAUUCAAAUGCAAGAUAUGGUAGACCAGUACCUGACACAAUAAUUUCUGAACUCGUUUCAUCCACUAAUUCCUGACUGUUAAUGAUGAGUAGGUUUGAUUUCAAAGUCAACCGUUUUACUACUCACUGUUUUCUCUGAUUAUUAUUAGGCUAAUAAGUUUUAUUUAUUAUCGUCAUAGUGAUUGGUAUUAUAUCUAUCAUAUUUUCUCAUUUGUACACUAUUCAGAUUGCUACUUCCAACUCACCUCCUACAUAUCCGAAAGAUUUGACUACUGAUCUUAUCGCAGUUCUAGAUGCGUGUUUUGCACGUAAUCCAUCUGAUCGUCCAACAGCCAACCAACUAUUAACUUUCAAUGUAUUUGCACGCCUUAUAAGUCAACAACAAUCAGUUACUGCAUUAGAACAAACGAAACAUGGGUUGAUAUCAUCUUCAGUACCAACAUCUCCUAAUGCAAUAAAAACUCAUAAAAACUCUGAUAAAUCGUUAAAGUGUCAAAUAAACUCAAUGAAAUUCAGUACAAAGUCUUCAUUUAACUAUCAACGUUUAUUUAAAACAUUCCAGUCAAGUAAAAUUAGCUCUACACUGAAUGAUAAAAAUGUGACAGUAGUCGAAGAAGCGGAAAAUGAAGAGAGUGAAGAUGAUGGUGAGGGUGGUGUGGGUAGUUUUGAGAGUGAUAGUAAAGCUUUAGCGACAUCUACACAUCUUAAACAUAUUCAACAUCAUUCUGAUAAACAUCGUCUGCAAAAGCAGCAUAAUCAACAUUUUGAUGACAGUGGACUUUUGACUAGGCGAAGAAAGACAAGAAGACCAACUUUACCACCAUUAAAUUUUCAUAGAAAAUAUUAUCCGCAUACGCCUGUUGUAUUCUCAUCCUUCAAAUAAUGAUAGAUCACACCAUUUUAAGUUAUCAUGCAAAUAUUUAAAUUGUCAGAAAUGUAGUUUGUGGACAUAGAAACAUGUUUUUUUAAACAUUUAUUAUAGGUAAGUUAACUUUCUUUUCAAAGGGUUGUGUAAACAAAUUAGUGUUGAUACGAAGACACUACUGAAUAAAAUGAAUAAAACAUUCGAUUUGUGAAUAAUUUGAAAUUACUUAAAUCUAAUUUAUCGACCUAACUGCGUUAUGCUAAUCAAAUACCAGGCAUAAUUAUGUUUGGUUAACUUUAUUUCAAUUACUCUGAGUAUCAUAUUAUUCUACGAAUGAUACAAUAGUGAACUUCUAUCUUUAGAAGUAUUUGCUUUGUUUCAUUUAUCAUCCGUUGUAUUAUGAUAAAGAGUAUCACGUACCAGUAUCUUAUCCGAUCUAGUUACUAACAUAAUUCAAUAGGAAUUCUUAAGUAACCUCAGUAACACCAGCAAUACAAAUUAGGUCGAUGAAUUUUUAUUUAUAUGAUACCGCUUAACGUCAGUUUGUUGAUCGAGCAACACGUGUAUUACCUCAACAUUUCAAAGCAUAUUCAUUGAAACGUGAUGUUAGUAAGCAUUCAUUGACUAGUUUUUAAUACUUAAUAGUGCAGAGUUAAUAUAACAUCUAUGAUUAUGCUAUUAAACUACAUAUUAUAAACUAUCAGUGAUACACAAUUUGUUUAAUUUAUGAGUACUUUCUCGUGUAUAGACCAAGCUAAAUAUAAAAGUAUGUUGAUGUUAAAAAAAACGUAAUCUUGAUACAAUUAAUAACUGUCGGAGCUGCCCAAAUUACUUAGAUGCCUAAAACUAGGUGUAAUUUGCUCAGUGAUGGUUGAUGAUUUCUAUCUUAGGUAAUCUACCCUAUGUAGUGAUAUCUGUCUGGAAAAAGUUUCGAAGAAAGGAAAGUGUUAUCGACUAAGUUAACUGUUAAACUGAAUUAUAUCACGUAAACAAUUUGUCCAGUGUUUCUUUUUCAAGAUUAACGAAAGACACAUUUUAUCCAAUGAGGUCUUCUAAUAUCACUUUUUACCUAUCAAUAAUCUAAAAAUUUCAGGUUCUAUUUAAUGAAACUAAUUCAUUUCAGUAUUCAAGAUCAAAUGCAUUAUGCUAUUUCCCCAUAGAGGUGUGAAUUCAAGUUUUAUAACUACGAAACCAUUAAGAUAUUGGUUUAUUUGUUAGUUGAAUUAAAGUAUCUAAGAUUGGAGUCAAUGAUUCAUUCAUUCAUAAACAGAGUAGAACCCUGACAUAUAUGUGCAUCGAUUCAAGUUACUUAAUCACGUUAGCAAAGCACGAUGAAAUUUUCAAGACCAAUGCCAUAUUGCUAAAAGUAGAAAAGGUUAGACAUAUAAAUUGUGAUUUGAGAAGAAACAAUAAAUUCGAAGGAUGGGAAGUAUGAGUAUUUUAAAACAAAAUGCUAAUACAUUUACACCAUUGCGAUCAGUUUUAAGCCAUUUUAACUAACCUCACCUCACUGACUCCAACCAGGUAGUCUGAACCUAUCAAGAUGAUUUAGGCUAACAGUUAAUGACUUCAUUAAUUGAUAAUACAUCCUGGUUUACUUGCCCGUAGGUUUAUCUUAAUCUAGUUGUUUAAUUACUUUCGAUAUUUUCAUUCUUCAACUAAAAUUUUCAAAAUAAAUCUCAUUCUCUUAUUCAUUUCUGUUACUAUAAUGUACACAAUAUAACAUAUAUCAUUAAUAUACAGAUAUUGUAAGUAGUGCACUAUCUUACCCAUGUAUGUAUGUCUAGGUAACUAAGGUGUGAAGAAGUGAACACGAAUCCUGUAAUGUGAUAUCUCAAAAAUUAUAAUGUAAACCAUUAUAUAUUGGAUGACAUCAUUAUUAUAUUAAUUAUGUAUAUUCGAAUAAUUUGCAUUUAUUUCAUCAAUUCAUUUAUUUCAAUGUUUUUCUUUUGUCAAUUUCAUAGGUAUUUUCUCUUCUGAAAAAUAUCACACAAUUUAUUUAGGUAUUUUAUUCUUAUCCUGAAAUGAAUUGUAAUUUUUUUCUAUUAACAAUUCACAGUUUUAAAUGUUGUAUAAAUUUGGUGGUUGGUAUUUCUAAAAAAAUAAACAAAAAAAAGAGAGAAAAUUUUCUCAACUUAAUUUGCGUUAAUCUUUUGUCUACCACUGAUAAUAGAAAGCCAAAAACAAAAACGUUUCUCUGUCAUUCUUUUUCAUAGAAUAAUGUGGAUUCUAGUUAUUUAUUUAUUUAUUUAUUGAAUGAUCAUUACUCUUAGUAGGAUUAUUCCAUUAUUGUUGUUAAUUAAUAAUUCAAUUGUAUAAUUUGCGUUUUAUUAUUAUUAUUAUUAUUAUUAUUAUUAUUAUUAUUAUUAUUAUGAAUGAAUGAAUGAAUGAAUGACGGAAUUCGACAUAUUUGUAAAUCUCUCAUUUUAUAAUUAUGUAUAAAUAAAAUGUGAGAUACAUAUUUCUUUACUUCAAUGACAUUCUUAUUUAUUCACUUCACUAAUUAUAUGGUCUCUACAUUAAUCUUCCACUAAUGAUAAUUGAUUUGAUUCAUUGAAAAGAAAAGAAAAAAAAAGAAGACAAACAGUAGUAUUCUAAGUGUAUCACUUUACUGAUAGUGAAAAGAAAAAAAAGAAUUCAAUCAAGUAAGCAUUUCUUUGAAUUAUUAUUAUUAUUUUUUUUAAUUAUGAUGAUUGUUUAUGUUUAUCAGUGAUUAUAAAGGGAACUUGUCUAAAAAUAAUCAUUGUCUUUUUCUUCAUCUCUUAGUCUUCUUCCUCUUCAAGUUAUAUUGUAUCAUUUUGGGUUGUUUUCUUUGAGAAGAAAAAAUUUUGAUUUUUCUUAUGAAAUUUAUAUUCUAUUGAUUGAUUGGUUUAUUUUUGUUUUAAUCGUCAAAUAUGUUUUACGAUGUAAAUGUGGUGAAAUAAUCAUCAUCCUUCAUCAUCGUUUUACAGAAAUACGUUCCUUUUUUUUCUCUAUUAAUUUACUUUUUUGGCCUAUAUUGAAAUUAUGGUUUUUUAAUGGUUGCUGUUAUAUAUUACCGUUGUAUUAUUAUUAUUGGUAUUAUUAUUAUUAAGACAAUCAAACUGGGUCUA